GUAAUUUGUUGCGAUGAUGAUGCAAAACCUUCACCAUUCUUUGGAGAAAUGCCACAUAAUUGGUUAAAAGAGCAUGCUGAUUAUUACGAAGAAGUUUUAACUGAUUAUUGUACAAAAUAUUCUAAGUUAUGUGAACUUAAAAAGCUAUGCGAACAUCUCAAAAAGGAAUGGACUUCCUUAGAUUGUAUAUUAUCAGCAUAUCGCCUAUCUCGAAGAAUUGCAUCACAAAAAUGUCUUGAACUCUAUCAUAUUAAAUAUCCAGAUCUACCGAAACAAGAACUAGUAAAAAAUGAUAUAGUACAUUUACCAUUGAAUACGCUUCCUGAAAAGUUUAUAAAAGAUAUAUGGAUGACGCUUGAAGCACUACAACGAGUUUGGGUUAUCGAUGAACAUUUGGCCCAGCUAAUUCGGAUAGAAGGUCUUCCAUUACCUCCUGAGAUUGAGGAAGCAAAAAAUAAGAAAGCAAUUGAGUGA